AUGCUCUUUCUGACACGCUUCUCAUUUGCAGCUUGUUUCAACAGGGGUCUACAUGAUGCCCUAUGCGGCACCUUGCCGAGAUUGAGCGUAUCUCCUCACGCUGCGCUGCUGAAGACUUUUAUCUCCACCCAUAUUGCCCUGGUUAUUGCUCUCGUCGUCUUUUUUUUUCUUCGACACGGGAGGGGAUGUUUGGCCGAUGGAUUCAUCGAUCUCGACCAGUCAUGA